GUGAAUUAUCUAUUCUCCACCAAACCUGUAGCAGUUGGAUUGAGCUCAUCGCUUCUCUUCAUAAACACUUUACAAUCUCAUCUCUUCAUUCAUUAGGAAAUUUCUGAAAAAAGGUUUAAGAGAUUACAUGUUGUGUGUGUUCAGAAAGAAGCUUCGUUUCCUUUUCUCAAGACUUAGAUGGGUCAUCAAGAAACGUGUGAAGGCUAGAGUUAUUGUCAGGAAGUUAAGGAAAGCAAGGUGGAGAGCUCAAAGAACAGAGAGCCUUGAAACAGAAGUUUCUUCGAUCCAUCUGAGAUCAAACUCCAGAAGACAUAUCCGUGUUGCAACUUUUAACGUGGCAAUGUUCUCGCUUGCACCCGUCGUCCAAAACGUGGAGGAAACAACUUUGCUUGAUCAUAUAGAAGACAACAACAUUAGAAAUCCCUCUCCAAAAGGGAUUCUGAAGCAGUCUCCGUUACACUCUUCUGCAGUCAAGAAACCAAGGGUUUGUAUUAACCUCCCAGACAACGAGAUAUCCUUAGCACAGAGCUACAGUUUUCUAGAGGAAGAUGAUAACGAGGGGAAGGAAAACAGAGGAAGUAACUCGAUGAGAUCACCCGUGUGUCUUCCCUCUUGUUGGUGGGAUCAAGAAAGCUUUAACGGAUACAAUAGCAGGAGAAGCAUAGCUGAGUUGCUAGGAGAGUUGAAUGCAGACAUCUUGGCUUUGCAAGAUGUAAAAGCAGAGGAAGAGAAACUUAUGAAGCCGUUGUCGGAUUUGGCUUCGGCUUUAGGUAUGAAGUAUGUGUUUGCAGAAAGCUGGGCGCCUGAGUAUGGCAAUGCCAUACUGUCGAAAUGGCCUAUCAAGAAAUGGAGAGUUCAACGAAUCGCCGAUGCAGAUGAUUUCAGGAAUGUGUUGAAGGUGACUAUAGAGGUCCCAUUGGCGGGAGAAGUAAACGUGUAUUGUACUCAACUAGACCAUCUAGAUGAGAACUGGCGGAUGAAGCAAAUAGAUGCAAUUACUCGAGGAGACCAAUCUCCACACAUCUUGUUGGGAAGCUUGAAUUCUCUUGAUGGCUCUGAUUAUUCCACAGCAAGAUGGAACCACAUUGUAAAGUAUUAUGAGGAUACUGGAAAGCCAACGCCUAGAGUUGAAGUGAUGAGAUAUCUCAAGGGAAAAGGAUAUGAUGAUUCAAAAGAAUGCGCCGGAGAAUGUGAGCCUGUUGUCAUUAUUGCCAAAGGCCAAAAUGUACAAGGAACAUGCAAGUACGGGACACGAGUCGACUACAUUCUGGCAUCACCAGAGUCACCUUACGAAUUUGUUCCAGGCACGUAUACAGUGGUUUCUUCCAAAGGUACUUCUGAUCACCAUAUAGUCAAAGUCGACUUAGUUAUAACCAAAGACCGGUCUAGUGGUAGCUUCAAGCAUUCUCGAAAGAAAGCAAAGCAGAAGAUCAUCCGGAUGAAAGCUAAUUUGAUGUCGUAAGAUACAUGUAGUUAUGUAAAUAAGGAAAUAUUAUGUCUUCAUAAAGACUGGAUCAGCAUUUGAAACUAUGUGAAGCAGGAGUACUAUCUUGUGAAGAACAGAUUAGAGACUCUGUCCAAGGUGAGGACUAUAUAAUAUAACCCCCACAUAUAAUAAUUCUAUUGAUAUGUAGAUUUCAAUGGAUCUUUAAAAGAAACUAGAUCUUGAUCCGCGCUUUGGAAGCGCGGAAUAUUUUACGAUGAAAAAUUUCACUAAUAAUUUAAUAAAUAUUUUGGUAAUUUUUAAA